AUGAAUUCAACUAAUUUUACAUCUAUAUCGAAUUCAUCUACUAUAAAUAUUGAAUCAUGGUUUAUUCCUCUCGAUAUUAUUAAUAUUAUAUGUCUUACUAUAGUCAUUAGUUUAACCAUAUUUUUUCUAAUUAUUAUCAUAUUUGAUAAAACAUGUCAUACAGUUCCUAUGAUGCUCGUUGCAAAUUCAUGUUUAGCUGUACUUCUAUGUGCAAGUGAUAUACUGUGGAUAUCUAUAUUUACAUUACAACGUGAUAUUCAAUCAAAUCAAUAUCAAGAUAUAUUUUGUAUAUUUCGAGGUUAUUUAACUUAUGCUUUAUGUGCUGUUCUUGAUUAUUCAUUUCUUCUACAAGCGUUUCAUCGUUAUGUGACUGUUAUUUAUCCUGUACGUUUGUUUUGGCAGUUACCACGAACUCAAUUCAUAUUUAUUAUUAUAACAUGGUUAUAUGCAUUUAUAUUUCCUUUAUUAUUUAUAUUUACUGGUGGGAUUAUCUAUAAUAUUAAUAAUCAAAUUUGUCAAUUACCUCUUCGACUUUCGUUCUCGAUAAAUUUUGCAGCAAUUUGUGUCUAUGGUAUUCCUAUAUUAUUAAUUAUAUUGAUUUAUUUUAAAUUAAUUCAAUAUGUAAGAAAAAUCAAUCAACGUGUUAUGCCAGUAAAUAUUUUAUUUCGUGCUCAACGUGAAUUAAAAAUGGUUCGACGUACAAUGACAUUAAUAAUGAUUGUUUUUACAUUUGGUUUUCCUUAUGCGGUAUUUAUUUUAAUAUCAUUUUUUACUUCACCACCAAAAUAUCAUUUUCGUAUUGCUUAUAUUUUUAUUAAUAUAUCAUUAACUUGUGUCAUGAUUGUUUUAUUACAAUUUACAGAUCCACUUAAAACAUCAAUAAUGAAAAAAUUAAAUAGACAAUCAAAUAUUAUUAUACCUAAUGAAACACAAAUGAAUAGAACUAUAGCUUUUUAA